AUGGCCCACGCCUCCAAACGCCGCCGCUUGACCCCCUCCCCGCCUCCCAUCUCCUCUCCCAUUGAAACUUCCUCCGACGAACUCGCAGCUGGCUCCGACCAUGACCAGGAGCGCCGUCGCGUGAGUCUUACAGCAUACCCGCCAAAACGGCCAUACCCUCGAUCCCGCAGUUUCAGCAGCUCCGAGAGUCCUGAUGAAUUGGCUAUGGACGCGGACGAGUACUGGCGUUCUCGUAAUCGGGGGCGCGAUUCACCCUGGGCACGCUCCGAUGAUGAGAACGAGGCGGACGAAGAAAAUGAUGAUGAUGCGAACGACAAUCUAAGUGAUGACGACAAUGACACAGAAAUGAAUGGUGAAGUUGAUGACAUGCAGACUGCGGGGGAGAAUGACGGCGAGAUAGGAGGAGGAUAUUCAGAUCGCUCGCCGACGCCUGUGCCGCCGCCGCCGCCGCCCAAACCAGACUCAGUGAAUUACCGACAGAGGUUCCUACUAAGAGGGCAUUUACGGGGGGUAUCGGCCGUGAAAUAUUCGCCAGAUGCGUCCAUGAUUGCCAGUGGAGGAGCGGACGGCGCAGUGAAGGUCUGGGGUGCGAAUACAGGGAAGCUGAUACAUACCUUUGAAGGGCAUCUCGCGGGUAUAUCAACGAUAUCAUGGAGCCCCGACGGUGCGACCAUUGCUUCGGGGUCAGACGACAAGACCAUCCGGCUGUGGAAUGUCCUAACAGGCAAAGCACACCGGACACCUUUCAUCGGGCACCACAACUACGUUUACUCCAUCGCCUUCUCCCCCAAAGGCAACAUGCUCGUCAGCGGUUCUUACGACGAAGCCGUUUUCCUCUGGGACGUGCGGUCCGCGCGCGUCAUGAAAUCGCUCCCCGCCCAUUCCGACCCCGUUAGCGGCAUCGAUGUCGUCUGGGACGGCACUCUCAUCGCAUCAUGCGCAACGGAUGGCCUAGUCCGUAUCUGGGACACAGCAACAGGACAGUGCCUUCGAACCCUGGUACACGAAGACAACCCGCCUGUAUCGGCGGUGAAAUUCUCGCCGAACGGAAAAUACGUGCUCGCGUGGACGCUGGACGAUUGCGUGAGACUGUGGGACUACGUGGAGGGCCGCUGUCUAAAGACGUACCAGGGCCACGAGAACCGAAAGUACAGUCUUUCCGGUGGCUUUGGGGUUUACGGACAAGUGACGCCGCGAACACCGGGGUAUGCAUUCGCAGUUAGUGGUAGCGAGGACGGAGCUGUGCUCUGCUGGGAUGUCGUGAGUAAGAAGGUCCUCCAGCGGAUUGAGGGCCACUCGGGUGUCGUUCUCGGUGUGGACACCUGCUCAACGAGUCAGGGGAGGUAUCUCGUGAGUUGUGGGUUGGACAUGACAGUUCGGGUUUGGGAGGAGGUCAUUGGACCCGAGCCAGAGGAGACGGGCGUGCCUGACCCUGACCCUGAACCUGAACCUGAACCUGAGUCUGAGGCGCGGGAAGGUCCAGACCGCGACCAAGACAAAGACCAAGAUCGCCAGGGGGGUGAGGGCCAGGAUGGGGAUACGGAAAUGGGCGAGGCUACCGAGUUGGAUCCCGAAGCGAGAGAUCCCACCUAA